GCCGGUUGUGGCGGGUCGACACCGGAAGUAAGGUCAUAUUUACUAUUCGGGCUAUUUGGAGAGUUCUGUUGUGUUUAUGUGUGUAUAAUUAUUGUUUCUGUGAGUUUAGGAUGGUAAAGCGAAAGAAUUUGAUUGAUUCGGACAGUGGUGAAAGCGAUGAGAGUGGCUCAGAUUUAGAUUCUGAGCUACUGUCACUUGCAAAGAAGAAGAAAAUGAAACAGCAAGAAGAAUCUGUGACUGAAAGCAGCAACAAGAAGCCUGAGAAUACUUUUACAGACUCUGAUACAUCAGAUUCUGAUGAUGAUUGGGAUGCUCGGGGCAGCAGCAAGAAGAAGAAGAAGCCCAAGCCAGCCAGAAGGACAGGAAAGCGAACUGUCACAAAAUCAUCGUCCGGUAGUGACAGUGACAGCAACAGAGGGAAGAGUUCUGAGCCAGAAGAAGGUGAGGUCUCAGACACAGAAGGAAGUGAUUCUGACAGCUCAGCACUCAGUCAAGAAGAGUUUAAUGAUGGUUAUGAUGAGAACCUCAUGGGCGAUGAAGAGGAUCAGGCUCGCCUCGCCCAGAUGACAGAGAAGGAAAGAGAGCAGGAGAUCUUCAAGAGAAUUGAACAACGUGAAGUAAUGAAAACUAGGUUUGAAAUCGAGAAGAAGUUAAGGUUAGCUAAGAAACAGGAAAUGAGAAAGAAGCGAGAUCAGGAGAAGAAAAGGGAGGAGAAAAUGGAUGCAAAGGAGAGAAGUAAAGAACGAAAGAAGACGGUGGAAGAAAACAGGGGGAAGGUGGAUAAGAAAGCAGCAGCAAUGAACAUGCUUAAAGCGCGGCGUGAGGAGAGACGAGAAAGAGAGGAAAAAGAGAAACAGCAACGAAUAGAACAAGAAAAACGCCGUGAAGAAGAAAAAGAAGGUGUUGAGAGGGAAGAGGAAGAUGGGGAACAGCCAGAAGAGAAGUCGAGCAGUUUGAAAACAAAAUUGAAAGCAUCCGACAUAUACUCAGAUGACAGCGGGUCUGAAACGGAUAAGUCUGACAAAGCUGAGAGUCGGAAGAGAAGCAGCAGCAGUAGUUCUAGGAGUAGUAGUGACUCUGAGUCAGAUAAGAAGUCUGUUGCCAGUUCACGUACAAAGUCGAAGAAGGUGCAGUAUGUUACGAAAAGAGAAGAAUUGAACAAGAUUCGAUUAUCAAGACAUAAGAUGGAGCGGUUUGUUCAUCUACCAUUUUUUGACAGAGUUGUCCGAGGGUGCUUUGUACGGAUAGGAAUUGGUAAUCACAAUGGGAAACCUGUUUAUAGGGUAUGUGAAAUCAGUGGCGUUUGUGAGACUGGGAAGAUAUACCAGCUGGGUAACACAAGAACGAACAAGGGUUUGAAAUUAAGACAUGGUGCUCAGGAGAGGGUGUUCAGGCUGGAGUUCAUCAGUAACCAGGACUUCACAGAGAGUGAAUUCAUGAAGUGGCGAGAGACGUGUGCUCUUCAGGGCAUCUCAAUGCCGACACAUGAUGAGCUUGAGCAGAAGCUUAAGGACAUCAAGGAGGCCAUGAUCUAUGAGUUUAAGGAGGAAGACAUUGAAAAAAUCGUGCGAGAAAAAGAGAGGUUCAAAACGAACCCGUAUAACUACGCAAUGAAGAAAACGCAGCUUAUGAAGGAGAGAGACAUGGCACAAUCAAGGGGUGAUGAUCUGGAAGCAAGCCGGAUUCAGCAGAAAAUUCAGGCACUCGAAGAAAGAGCAGAGGAACUGGAUAAACUGCGCACCUCGACCAUCUCUAGUAUCAGCUACAUCAAUGACCGGAAUCGCAAGAAAAAUGUAGAGGAAGCCGAGAAAGCCAUUAUGGAAGAAGUGAGAAGGAACAAAGGAAAGAAAGCUGACGACCCGUUCACACGACGUAGCACAAAACCCCGCAUGGUAUUCAAAGUGCAUGACCAGGAGAACAUGGAAGAUGCACAGAUGAUCAUAGCAGCUGCAGAGGAGGAAGAUGAGAGGAAUAGACUGGCCAUUGAAGCUGCGAUGACAGUGGCACCACACAAAGAACGAGAAAAGGAACCAGAAAAGAAGAGAGAGGUUGCAAGAGGAGGGAGCAAAACAGAUGAUCUCUUCUCUGCACAUGAUUUCGACAUCAAGAUUGAUUUAGAAGUCCCAUUACCUAAUAACCCUGUUAAUGUGACACCAAAGCCAAUGAACAUGGGUAAGGAUACAGGACCUAGACGAUCAUUGAACCUUGAGGACUACAAAAAGAAAAGAGGACUUAUUUGAAACUUGUUGAUUGUGCUUGUGUUUUGUGUUGUGGAUGUUCUAAAUCACCAUCACCAUCAUCAUCGUCAUCAGAAAUAGUCUUUUUUUCAUGGCCAUAGUAUUAUAAUUUCAGGUAUAGUAUCUGCUACGGUUUGCAACUGGGAGUUGUGUAAUGUGUUGACCAAACUAUCACAUAUUUACUAUGAGUAUUUCUGAGUACUAUUUAUAAACACAAAAGCUGAUUUGUUGACCUGUGUCAUCUGCCGUGCAGUGGAUAUUUUUGCAUGUGGAAGGUCCAGCCGACAAUCAUGUAAUCCAAGACGACAGAGGUUAAUAACAAAAGGGGUGGGAGGUUUCCUGCAAGUGAGGCCUGCAAUAAAAUAUUUGUGACUGAGAUUGGAUUUGAGUAAUUCCAAUGUAUGCCAUAGAUUAAGUGUCGUAAUAUGUUUGAAUAUCAACCGCAUAUUAAGUAAACUGUAUUGUCUGGUUUAUACUGUGGCAUUUUGAUGUAUAUUUUAAUGGCAUCAUCUUUCAUUGAAAGGAAGACAGUGCAAACAAGAAGUGUUACUUAACCGCUGUAUUCUUGUGUUGAAAUUUCUUUUGAUUUUGAGGCAUUUGAUAUUUUGAAUCUCAUUUCACCCACUGACAUUCAUUUCUAUGAUUUUUAAUACUGGCAGAAUAUGUGGUUAAAUGUUUUAAAGCUGACAUUUUCUUUUCUGUUUUAUAUUUAGAGAUUGUAAGCAAUGCUGUGUAACAUCACUCUGUUACAUAUUCUAUUUUAAAUAUUUAAUAUCAAAAUCUUGAGUACAAGUAAUAUUUAAAAUAAUUAGUUCAUUAGAAGUGCAGUUUUCUGGGAUGUGAUACCAUGUAGUUUGGUACAAACUUCUCAGGGGAGACUUCUACCCUGAAAACUGGGUCAGCAGGUGUUAUUAAAACAUUGGUACCUGUCUACUGUACUGGGUGACAUCAGGUCCCACAAGACCAUAAUCAUAAUAUUUACUUUUUGAGGCUUUUGGUUUACGUGGUGUUGACUGUGAAGAUUACUCUCUUACAGAAUGUGGUGCCAUGUGGUCUGGUACAUGUUUCAGUGGAACCUGCUGCCUCCAUCUUCAGGGAAUAAUUUGAUAUAGAGAAGGGAGGGCAGGGAUGUGACCGAAAGUGAAUCAGUGGGUGGAAUUCUCUGGCCCUGGUUAUGACAAAUGUAGCCCUUUUAAGGCCACUGGAUAACAUUCAGUUUACACUUCUGAUUGGUUUUCUCCCAGUGCCAGUCCUUGAUAUGACAGUUUUACCCAGUUUUGCACUGGAGGUGGUAGGAGCCGCUUUCUCCGAAAGGUUGGUACCUGUGUACCAGACUAAAUGGUGUCACAUCCCAGGAAACAGUAGUUGUAGUACUUGCUGCCUCAGUCAAGGCACUGAUUGCAAAGAGUGUGAGACAUACGCGUUCCAAGUUUCACAUUUCCUUACUGUUGUGAUGACACUAUAUACUGAGACAUUAACACUUGAGAUUAGAAUUCGUGCAUUUGUCCUGCUCAUAGUUCAGUUAGCAGUUGAGACCUCAGAAGUCAGUAUAAGUUACAUGGUAUAUAUUGCUUGUUCUUAUCUCUCGCAGUCAGGCAUUAAAAUUCACCAUACAUUUAAAUUUGUUACUGCGGUGUUUAAUUUGCAAUUGUUUCUCCCUGUUUAAAAUAUAAUAUCUCAACCAUGUGUCAUAGAAUUGUGAAACACAAAGUCUCUGAAAGACUGCUUAUCAGAGUUCAUAUAUUUAUAUGCUUAUUUAUAUCUAGCCAUUACAUUAAAGUUUAUAUAUAUAUAUUAUUUAGUAACAUUCUAUACUUUGGCUUUAUUCUCAGAAAGUAUGCCACUGUUGCCACUCGCAUGUCUGUCAGUUCCCAGUGCGUGAUCACAAAG